AUGCCACUCCCAGAAACCUACCGGGCAUUCAGACGUACUGCAGGCGAUCUUCCGAGGACGAUUGAACUGUCUACUGAAAAUAUACCAAGGGAGCUCGGACCAAAUGAUGUGUUGAUCAAGAUUCAUGCUUUGUCUCUCAACUUUCGAGAUGUUGCUAUGCUGAACGGCCGGUAUCCGAUGGAAGUAGAAGAGCGAGGCAUUCCAUGCUCCGACGCUGCCGCAGAGGUUGUCGCAAUUGGACCGGCGGUCAAAGACUUUUCUACCGGAGAUCAUGUAUCGGUUAUAUUUGACCUUAAUAAUAUGACGGGGUACGAAGAUAAGUCUCAUUAUUCCCUUGGCAGCGACACGGCUGGUGUUCUCCGCGAAUACGCUAUUUAUCAGGACAAGCAUUUGGUGCACUUACCCAAGUACCUACCAUGGGACGAGGCGGCUACUAUCACCUGCGCUGGUGUCACAGCUUGGAACUCUCUCGACGGCCUGACUACAUGUUCCAAGGCUCGGAGCGCUCUGUUACAAGGCACUGGAGGCGUCAGCAUGUUUGCUCUGCUGAUCUGUGUUGCGGCGGGCAUCCAACCAAUCAUCACAUCUUCGUCCGACGAGAAGCUUCAAGCAAUCAAGAAACUCGGCUCUAAAGUCCAUGGCAUCAACUAUAAAACAACCCGAGACCAAGCAUCGGAAGUCAGUCGCCUGACAGAUAGCCAGGGCGUCGAUUUUGUUGUCAACAACACCGGCCCUGCCUCCAUUCCCCAGGAUAUCAGCUUCUUGCGCCAACGAGGCGGCACUGUAUCCUUGGUCGGCUUCCUGGAUGGAACUGGUGGUGAUUGGCAACCUGCUGCUAUUAUGGCACUUAUGGGAAAAUCUGCUCGAAUCAAGGGCAUUGCGACUGGCUCUAAGGAUGACUAUUUGAGCCUAAAUAGGUUCCUAGAGGAGAAGAAGGUUUCCCUUGCUCCGCUUGUGGAUCGCAUUUUCUCAUUCGAAGAGUCGCCAGCAGCUUUCGACUAUCUCUACUCUGGCAAGCAUGUAGGAAAGGUUGUGAUUAAGAUCUAG